CGCUCCUCGCCGCGCGCCGAACCCGCACGCAUCCCUAAAUAACCCCUCCCCUCUCCCGAACUCGCCGCUAAAUCUCGGCAGCAGCAUCGGCGCGCGCCGCCCGGUUCCUUCGACUCCCGAAACAGCGGGCCGGUAGGCCCACGCUUUCACCGCCGACGCCACCCUCUCCCCUCGCGCCGCACGCUCCCCGCCACCGCCCCCUUCGGCCACCAUCUGCUACCUCGCGGCGUUCCCUCCCGAUGUCGUUCCGAGGCCGUGGAAGAGGGGGCCGCGGGAGAGGGGGAGGGUUCGGCGGGUUCGACCACGCGGCCAAGCACGUGCCGCACGAGGAUUUCCCGGACAUCACCCUGCCGGAGAUGACGUGCCGUAAGGCGAGCAAGGAGGAGAAGGCGCUGAUAGUGUCCACAUUGAAGCUCGAGGAGUUCUGGAGGACUUCCUGCUACCACCUAGAGGAGGAUGCUCUCAAGAAAAAGAAUGAAGACAAACAGAUUGAAAGAUUUUCUGAUAGGAAACGCAAGACACAAGCCAAACGUGAAGCUCUUGCAUCAUAUCUCAAACUAAGUUCUUCAAAUUUCCCUGCUGAACUGGUACAAGGGUCUAGAAGAGGACAAGUAAGCAACAAGAAACUCCGGUGGGAUAAAGAUUCAGAUGAAAAUGCAUUUGAAGUGUUUGAGAAGCUAGAAGAGAAGCACAAGGAUGGAAGCAAGGUGGAAAAGGAAGGUGAUGAGGAGGAUGAACAAGAAGAAGAAGAAGCACAAGAGGAGGAAGAAAAUUCAGAUGAUGACUACAAUCAGAAUAUUGAGUUUGACGACGACGACGAUGAUUGGAACCAAGCGGAAGAAGCACAUGAAGACUACUAUGAUUAAGUACGGAUGGCCAGAUUUUGCUUUUUUUCUUUUCUUUUCAUUUGUAACUCAUCCAGAAAAUUUGUUGGGAGUAGUGACUAGCUUUGUUCUGGUCUUUCUUGUCAAAAUGGUCACAUGCUUUGUUAGAAACUCUGGACUAUCAGAAUAGUGAAAUACGCAGUUGCCUAACCUUUCUGUUGCA